AUGGUGGAUUUUGGCAAAAUUGAAGCACGGGUGGUCAUGAAGUUCCUCUUUUCGCAAAGCAAAGGAGCAGCGGGAAUCCAUGGUGAGAAGAAGGAAGGCUUAAAGGAUGGCUGCCAAUCUUGCUCCAGAGUGAAAAUCUGGGUGUCUAGGUUUCGGACUGGGUACUUCGAGUUCACUGAUGAACCCCGGUCAAGACGGCCAACUUCCGAAACUCCAGGGAACAAGGCCAACGCUGUACACGCCAUGAUUCUCGAGAACCAAUGGAUUUCAGUUAAAGUCAUAGCUGAGACUCUGGGGAUUUCCCGUGAAAGAGUUGGCCACAUUAUCCACAAUAUUCUGGACAUGAGAAAGCUUUCCGCAAAAUAG